CCGUCUGUUCGUCAGGGCUCUGAAUUUAACCCCCAUGCCCAUUGCCUUCUUCAGGUAAAACCCUAACUCUGCAAUUGAAUCAAAAUCUCUCUCUCCCUAUUUCUCCGAUCUGUACGGAAGGAAACCGUUGAAAAUCAUCUGCAUCGCGGCCCACUGGGUUUUGUUGCGAAGGUGGCCGAAUUCAGUUUGAUUUGAUCGGAAUUUUGUUCGAAGCGGUUUCUUUUUUCGAGUGAUAUAAUAACGAUGAAGAACGUUGAGCGUGUUGCCAAUGUCGCUUUAGCAGGUUUAACGUUAGCUCCACUUGUUGUGAACGUAGAUCCAAACCUAAAUGUAAUCUUAACUGCAUGUCUCACAGUUUUUGUGGGUUGCUACCGGUCUGUGAAGCCAACUCCACCUUCAGAGACGAUGUCUAAUGAACAUGCCAUGCGUUUCCCGUUUGUGGGCAGUGCAAUGCUGUUAUCACUAUUUUUACUUUUUAAGUUCUUAUCCAAAGACUUGGUUAAUGCUGUAUUGACGUGCUAUUUCUUUGUGCUUGGGAUCAUCGCUCUCUCGGCAACACUGUUACCUGCUAUUGCACGUUAUUUGCCGCAGAGUUGGAAUAAGGACCCUAUCAUAUGGCAUUUUCCAUAUUUCCGGUCUUUGGAGAUUGAGUUCACAAGAUCUCAGAUUGUUGCUGCAAUCCCUGGAACCUUUUUCUGUGCAUGGUAUGCAUCAAAGAAGCAUUGGCUGGCUAACAACAUAUUGGGGCUUGCCUUUUGUAUCCAGGGAAUUGAAAUGCUUUCUCUUGGGUCUUUUAAGACUGGUGCUAUCCUUUUGGCUGGACUUUUUGUGUAUGAUAUUUUCUGGGUUUUCUUCACUCCAGUUAUGGUCAGCGUUGCAAAAUCUUUUGAUGCUCCUAUAAAGCUGUUGUUCCCCACAGCAGAUGCUACACGUCCAUUUUCUAUGCUUGGACUUGGUGAUAUUGUAAUCCCUGGUAUUUUUGUUGCUCUGGCUUUGCGGUUUGAUGUAUCUAGGGGGAAACAGGGCCAGUACUUUAAGAGUGCAUUUUUGGGAUACACAGUUGGUUUGGUCCUGACAAUUGUUGUAAUGAACUGGUUUCAGGCAGCACAGCCUGCACUGUUGUAUAUUGUACCAACUGUUAUUGGGUUUCUGGCUGCUCACUGCAUAUGGAAUGGUGAUGUCAAACCACUAUUGGAAUUUGACGAGUCAAAGACUGUGGAAACAUCUGAAGAAGGUAGUGAGACUAAAUCUAACAAGAAGGUGGAGUAAGUUGAAAUUAGGAGAAGCCGCCAGAGACACCAGUGCUUUCCAACUCAAAAAAGAAACACUGUUUUUCUCUUGGAGGCACCAAACACCGUUGUAUCAGAUUUUUUUGAAUCGAGGAAGAAAUAAUAUUUUCAGUUCCUUAUAAGAUACAACAAUACAACCAUGUUAGGUUAAUACAGAAAUUUUUGCUAUUUUCUUUUCUAUCUAAUUUUCAUAGAAAUUCUCGGUCA